AUGUCAGUUGGGAGACAGCGCUGAGUACGGCACCUGGGCGGACAGCUCAUAGUCGCAACUGCGGCUACAUGUAGCUCAUUGACACCUUUUUAAUAAUUAAGUCUUACGCUUCCAAAAUAUAGGAAAAAAGCAGGGUACAUUGUUUGUUUCUUGGUAAACCCGUCGCGAUCUCUCGCAACUGUUGUUUCUUGCAGCACAAGGAUGACGGCUCCUCUUGCUGAUCAGCUUGACAUUGUUAUCCCAACCAUCAGGAACUUAGACUUCUUGGAGGAAUGGCGUCCAUUCUUUCAGCCAUAUCACCUGAUCAUCGUUCAGGAUGGCGACCCCACCAAGAAGAUCCAUGUGCCCGAGGGAUAUGACUACGAGUUGUACAACCGCAAUGACAUCGAGCGCAUCCUAGGUGACAAGGCCUGGGCCAUCUCGUUCAAGGACUCUGCGUGCCGAUGCUUUGGCUUCAUGGUCUCGAAGAAGAAGUACAUUUACACAAUUGACGAUGACUGCUUCGUUGCCAAGGACCCGUCCGGCAAGCCCAUUAACGUGCUGGAGCAGCACAUCAAGAAUCUCCUGACUCCAUCGACGCCCUUCUUUUUCAACACCCUUUACGACCCAUAUCGGGAGGGUGCUGACUUCGUGCGUGGCUACCCCUUCAGCCUGCGCGAGGGUGUGCCCACUGCAACCUCCCACGGUUUGUGGUUGAACAUUCCCGACUAUGAUGCGCCGACGCAGAUGGUGAAGCCCAAGGAACGCAACCAGCGCUACGUGGACGCCGUUAUGACCGUACCAAAGGGCACCCUGUAUCCCAUGUGCGGCAUGAACCUUGCAUUUGACAGGGAGCUCAUAGGCGCUGCCAUGUACUUCGGACUGAUGGGUGAAGGCCAGCCCAUCGGUCGCUACGAUGACAUGUGGGCGGGUUGGUGCACCAAGGUUAUUUGCGACCAUCUGGGGGUGGGCUGCAAGACCGGGCUGCCUUACGUUUGGCACAGCAAGGCCAGUAACCCCUUCACCAACCUCCGCAAGGAGUACAAGGGCAUCUUUUGGCAGGAGGAGAUCAUCCCCUUCUUCCAGAACCUCACACUCAGCAAGGCUUCCACGAAUGUAGAGGACUGCUACCUCGAGCUUGCUGAUAAGGUCCGGAAAGGGCUGGGCCACAUCGACCCCUACUUCUCCAAACUAGCAGAUGGCAUGGUGGCCUGGAUUGAGGGCUGGCGCCUUCUGAACCCCCCAGUCGCGAGCGCAUAAUCGCGCCGUGAUGGCUCUUCCACGGGAGCCCGUGGCUACGAUAUUUUUUGGGGUUUUCGACCUUCGCAACUUCAGAUUCAUCCAUGCCUAUAUGUGGUUUUUAAGUCACGAGCAGGAAGUACGCUUGGGUGUCAGCGGGCAGCAGCGACGGUGGCUACUUUGUCUUAGUGGUGCCUGAAUUUAGGGUGUCCUUGGAGCUCUGGGAUUUCGAAGGCCAGAAUCCUGGCACUGUUAGAUUAAUAGUCAUGCCAUCGCCAGCACUUCGAAUAUGACAAUCGAUUAUGUCGUUCGGUACUUCACUUCAGGCGUCUGCAUGCCGCAUUUACCCGUCCUGCUGUGCGCCGGUGUGAUGUAUGCUGAGCGUAGGGUUAAGGUAACUGUGAUGCCCAUGUGGAUUUAGGUAAAUAUCAGGGCUGACCAUGAAGCUCGGGUAUUGUUCGGGUUUCGUGCAAAGUUCAAACUGCCUCGAAUUGCUCGGAUCAGGCGUUUAAAGCAUGGUGUCGGCCUGUCCAUUGGGCUAUUUGUAGCGACAUGGAUGGUUCAUUCACAGCUGUGUAAGCUGUUAUACUUGGUUUCGAAAUGUAAACGCCCGCGUACUUGGAAGUCAGCCUGAAGGGGAUUCUGUAAGACACCAUUAAAAU